AUGCAGACGAUAAUUUGGACAGCAAUACUGCUCUUCCUCAGCGGAGGGCUAGCUGAGGUGGUACCGGUGGAGGAGAUUAUCCACAAUCUAGCGGAAGCUGAUCUAGUCCCAGCAGCAUCAGAGAAUCUAAUCGCAGUAGAGCCAGCUGCUGAUGCCACUAAGGUCGCUAUCAGCCUAGUUCCCGUUUUAGAUGAAAAGGGUGCAGAGCCCAUAAAUGAUCUGACUGGUGCCGAGGCUGUGACUCACCAUCACAUCCAUUCCGGCCAUGUCGAUCAUGUACAUAAACAUCACGGUCACGCAGAACACAAACACAAACACGAUGGACACCACGGUCACAAACAUAAGCAUCAUGGACACCAUGGGCACGGUCAUAAGCAUGAUGGGCAUUUCGGUCAUGGUCACAAACAUCAUGGUCAUCAUGGACAUGGGCAUAAACAUCAUGGUCACUUCGGCCAUGGACACAAACACAGUGGUCACCACGGGCAUGGGCACAAACACAGUGGUCACCACGGACAUCAUCACAAACAUCAUGGGCAUGCCGAACACGGACACAAGCACCACGGUCACUUCGGACAUGGGCAUAAACAUCAUGGACACCAUGGGCACGGUCACAAACACGAUGGUCAUUUCGGUCAUGGACACAAGCAUCAUGGUCAUCAUGGACACGGACACAAACAUCACGGUGACUUUGGACAUGGACACAAACAUCACGGUCAUCAUGGACAUGGACACAAACAUACCGGCCACCAUGAGCAUGGACACAAACACGAUGGUCAUUUCGGACACGGGCACAAACACGAUGGACAUUUCGGCCACGGUCACAAACAUCACGGUCAUCAUGGACACGGACACAAACAUCAUGGCCACUUCGGUCAUGGACACAAGCAUCAUGGAGACCAUCAUCACGGACACAAACACCAUGGUCAUCAUGGACACCACCAUAAACACGAUGGUCAUCAUGGACAUCACCACAAACACGGUGGACAUCACGGACAUCAUCACAAACAUCAUGGACACCAUGGACAUGGACACAAACAUCAUGGCCACUUCGAUCAUGGACACAAUCAUGGAGGUGGUGGUCAUCAUCACGAUACUCAUCACUCAGAAGGCGGCCAUCACGACGAAAUGCACGCUGAUGAUGUUGGAGUUCACGUCGGUGAUGAGGUAGCAGACUUUCCUGCCGACGAUUUCGCAACUUACGACGCUAUGGAGCGAGCCGACAAGAACCAAGAGGAGGCCGACAAAAAGGAGCCCGCUCAACCUGCCAACGAAGAAUAA